UCCAUGCGGAGGCUCGCGCUCUUUCUGCUGCCCUGUGCCGUCGCCGUCCUGGUGCACUUGUGGUUGGCACAGCGACCCUCUUCCGCUCCGCUGGACAACAACACACUCUCGGAUGAAGCCUUACCUUACUAUGAAGUUCUGGUGGGGGUGCUGUCAGCGAGACACCACUAUGAACUGCGACGAGCGAUAAGGGAGACGUGGCUGGGCUACAUCCGGCAUCACCCCCACUUCCAGCACAGAGUGGGGGUGAAAUUUAUCGUGGGCAAACAUGGGUGUCCCAUUCCGGAGGAGGACAGAGAGGAUCCGUACUCCUGCUCCAUCCUGAACUUCACCGAGCCAGUCACAGGACAGGAUGCUGAGAUCGAGAUCGUGACCGUGGCGGACCCCUCGAUGCUCGCUCUGUCCGACGUGUCGGCCAUUGCCCUGGAUUUCAAGGUUCUGCACCCGGUGGUGAUCACCAGGCUGGGGCUGUUUCCCAGAGGGACAGAGCCUGAGCUUCAGAGCAACAUAACGGUGAAGCUUCUCCAGCUGGACCAGGAGGAGGCUGUGGUUACUGCUCGCUUCAGUGCCAUCAGCACAGGGACCAUGGUGAACGGAGUUUGGUACAAACCGGUGGAGCAGUUCAUCUUGCCUAAGGGUUUUGAAGGGACGUUGGUUUGGGAGAGUCUGGACUCUUCUGGAUUGACAACGGUCAACUCCUCCGUGCAGCUCAAUGAUGGAGGAGGCGUCCUCAAGAUCUCCUCCAUUGCAGAAGGCAUAUUGCCUCAUAGAAGUGCUCUUGGGUUUCCUGGUUUGGCGGGAGGGUUCACAUUUACCAUCUACGAUGGAGAUGGUCUGUCGGGGCUCCUGCGGGGUCGCCCAGCCAGGAUCGAGCAGCACGCCUCCAGGCUGAGGCAGGAGGACGCCACCUUGCAGCGGGAGAGCCUGAGGCACGGAGACAUGGUUUUCGUGGACGUAGUUGACACCUACAGGAACGUGCCUUCCAAACUGCUUCAGUUCUAUAAAUGGUCUGUAGGAAACGCUGACUUUAAUCUGCUGCUGAAGACGGAUGAUGAUUGUUACAUCGACAUCGACUCAGUGUUAAUGAAGAUUGACCACAAGGGUCUCAAGCGCAGCAAUUUCUGGUGGGGAAAUUUCAGGCAGAGCUGGGCAGUGGAUCGCAUUGGGAAGUGGCAGGAGCUGGAGUACGCCAGUCCGGCCUACCCGGCGUUCGCCUGCGGCUCAGGCUACGUGGUCUCUCAUGACCUAGUCCAGUGGCUCGCCAGUAACGCAGAGAAGCUCAAGGCCUACCAGGGAGAAGACGUGAGCAUGGGGAUAUGGAUGGCAGCCGUUGGACCACAGAAAUAUCAGGACCCCAGCUGGCUGUGUGAGAAGGAGUGCUACCUGGACAUGCUGUCGUCCCCCCAACACACAGCUGAGGAGCUGCACAUCCUCUGGGACAGGAAGAGGGCCUGCGGAGACCCCUGCGGUUGUCCCUGGGGCCACUAAAUCUGGCUUACACCACACGCACCAUGUGGCACUACUGAGCGACCACAGCACAUCCCUGAUGAAAUUAAAACGUACCUGUGGUGUCGGAGUGAAGAGGCCGUGAAUCAGAUCAGGCACAGCUGUCCCAGAUCUCAGACGGAGAGAGAGAGAGGAGCCUCCUUGCAGAGUGUUACACAUCGCUGUCAAUCAGCCCCCUCGUCUCCAUCAGCGCCACCUCCCCCCUCCCCUGGGUGCACUAAAACGAGGAGGAAAUCAUUUAUUCAUGACGCCCGGCAUCAAAAAUCAGUAUUUGUCUGAGUCUGAUUCACGGCAGUGACGGGAUAUUAUUAGACGCACAACUAUGCCCUAAUGGGGCAACAUUUCCAUUCCCAAACUUGAAAUUGCACCCACAGCUCGCUCCCUCUCAUUUCCAUGGAGCGACACUGUCUCCGGCUGCUGAGGCGAUGGCUGUCACUUUCUGCAAACAUUAGCAGGACCUAGCUCGUGUGACAUAGAGCCGCCGUUGGAUGACACAUUCGGUGGAGGGCUGGCUGUUAGACACAACACACAAUUACACGUUCUCAUUGUGCGUAUUUGACAAAGUGAUGCAAAGAGUGAGUGAAUCAUGAGAACACUUGACCCCUGCUGCAGCUACAUGGCAGAUUUACCAUGACACUGUUUUGGCGCAGGACACUCAUCUCAGUCAUUACCGAACCAUUACUGAUGAUUAUUCUGCCCUAAGAGGAUCAUGAAUUAGCUCAUUGGCCUGAUGGAGAGAUUCUUGGAAAGUGAUGCAGCGCCGUAUAUGGAGAAAAUGCUGAGAUGUCAGCAAAGUGAGUGCAGCUGCCCUCGGUUCAGCUUUCACGAGUUACUCCAGCAAUUAUGUGCUGCACUUAGACAAGGAUGGAAGGCUUGCAGGAGCAAGAUUAAUUAAAAAAGAAUUGAUGCAGCAAAACACAAGACUUUUUAGUCCCCAGUGUGGUUAAAGCUCCAAAAACAUACUUUUCCCAUGAUGCAGCUCAUUCAGGAUUAUUUUUCUUAAACUUUAAAAAAGCCCCUAAAGAGCCACAAGCCGACCCAAAGACAGUUUCAUGUAGGCGACUGAUAGAGGUAGAAAUAAGUGGGUAUUUUUUUAUUUCUACUUAUGCCCAAUGAGACUCGAGGUUUAUACAUAUAACUGAGUGCUGUCCGAAUAAAUCAUGAGAAGACGUGUUGCUGUGGAAACACUGACAUGAAGACGAUAACCAUUGUAACGUGAACAUUGUAACGUGAUGGGAGCAUGCAACAAGUGAUAUUAAUGUUAAGAGCUAACAGUGAACUUAUCCGGAUAACGAGAAUAGAGGAUUCUUGCACCAAACCAGUGAUGGUAAAAAGUCCCCAACAAAUGUCCGACUGUUUUCCGAAGUUACUGAGCUUUGUUUGGGAGUGAAACUAUAUAUUUGUGACCUAUUUAAAAAGAUGUCACGGGUAAGAAUGAAUGGGUUUGGACAGAGAGCAGCUGCAGCCUGAAGAAGUGUUGGUUGUGGUCAUUUCACGGGAUUGUUUGACAAUAACUGGUCUAAACAUGGCUGUGAACGAAUGAAUGAUUCUCUCCCUGAAUACAUAUUUAGGGUAAAAGUGAUUUACUUCAAACCACAUUGAAACCAUUCAGGAGUUGUUUUCCCCUCAGAGUUUCUGUGGCUGGAAUAAAACGUCCUGCCAGUUGCUCUAGUGGAGCAGCUCAGCAGCGAAUGACCUGAGGUGUGAAUGUGUCAAACUGUACAUCUGUCAAACAAUGUGCACCUGAAAGAAACUGCAGAAAGCUUAACCAUAGUGAGCACAUUUAAAAAGUAAAAGGUAAAACAACUCUAGGCAGUCGAACUUCAAUUUAGUAGAAUCAAAGGUUGUAAUUUUGGGUUGAACACUGGCGGGGGAUUGAGGUCAAAUGGUGAAAGACUCUAUUACUUAUUACACUUGAAAUCACUUAGAAAUAAUACAACAAUAAUUUGCGCAUCAUAAAUGCCAGAUAAUAAAAAGUAGCUUUUAGGCAAAGUAGCUAUAAUAAAAAUUGGGGUGAAAUUUAUUCUUUGUUCGUGCUGCAAUAACUGAAUCGAGAAACCCACCACUUUAUGA